GCGCCGACGCGCGUCACUUUCGUUACGCAAAUCCGCCAUUUUGUACGUCGCUGGCGGUGGUUGAGGGUUUAUUUUCUCUGUUAAGUGUUUAUUGCUACGAAAAACUGUAAAACUUUGUUAAAUAUUAUUUUGCAUAGACACCACCGACAUAACAAACUAUACUGUGUAAUAUAAUUACAUAUAUUGUAAGUGCUAUCGUGAUUUGUGUGUGCCCUAUAAUUGGAGCGCGUGGCUGGUGACUCUUUGUUGUUGGAUUCGGCGUAUUUACGAUCGCGGAUUUAACAGAUUGGACUUAAACAGUGUCUGUGCUCAGUGGUUGUGUUGCGGACGUGUACGCCGCAUGCUCUAGUGCAGUGAGUGUAGUGUUGUGUGAGUGCAUCGGUGUCGGCGUUCGGGACGUGGCGCCGACGCUGGCGGCGGGUAAAUGCCGGUGCGCCGAUGGAGCGGUGAUCACGGACUGACUACGCUACAAGAGCAGCGCUGGUAAACUAUGCGCCGUAAGAUCGACAGAGCGGCUUGCCAACGCCCCUAAUGACUUUAUAGUGACGCGCUGCGGAGUGUGGUCAAAGCGGCUCUGCCGCUUUAAAUGGACAAACGGAAGAUGCUGCCAAAGAGAGCGCGUAUGGAUAGCAUGCGGGGGCCCAUCGCCAACGGACCCCUGCAGUCGAGGCCGCUGGUGGCGUUGUUGGACGGACGGGACUGCACCGUCGAGAUGCCGAUACUGAAGGACGUGGCGACGGUCGCGUUUUGCGACGCGCAGUCCACCUCCGAGAUACACGAGAAGGUGCUGAACGAGGCGGUGGGUGCGCUCAUGUGGCACACCAUCAUCCUCACCAAGGAGGACCUGGAGAAGUUCAAGGCGCUGCGCAUCAUCGUGCGCAUCGGCUCCGGGGUCGACAACAUUGAUGUCAAGGCGGCGGGGGAACUAGGAAUAGCAGUAUGUAAUGUGCCCGGCUACGGCGUGGAGGAGGUGGCCGACACGACCAUGUGUCUCAUACUUAAUUUAUACCGGCGGACCUUCUGGCUCGCCAUCAUGGUGCGGGAUGGAAAAAAAUUCACAGGUCCGGAGCAGGUCCGCGAGGCGGCGGCGGGCUGCGCGCGCAUCCGCGGCGACACGCUGGGCAUCGUGGGCCUCGGCCGUAUCGGCUCCGCCGUGGCGCUGCGGGCCAAGGCCUUCGGCUUCAACGUCAUCUUCUACGACCCCUACCUGCCCGACGGCAUUGAGAAGUCGCUCGGCCUCACCAGGGUCUACACGCUGCAGGACCUCCUAUUCCAGAGUGACUGUGUGUCACUUCACUGCAGCUUAAACGAACACAACCAUCACCUUAUCAACGAGUUCACUAUCAAACAGAUGCGUCCAGGGGCGUUCCUGGUGAACACGGCCCGCGGCGGGCUGGUGGACGACGAGGGGCUGGCGGCCGCGCUGAAGCAGGGCCGCAUCCGCGCCGCCGCGCUCGACGUGCACGAGAACGAGCCCUUCAACGUGUUCCAGGGCCCGCUCAAGGACGCGCCCAACGUGCUCUGCACGCCGCACGCCGCCUUCUACUCCGACGCCAGCGCGCAGGAGCUCCGCGAGAUGGCGGCGUCGGAGAUCCGGCGCGCGAUCGUGGGCCGCAUCCCGGACUGCCUGCGCAACUGCGUCAACAAGGACUACUUCCUGCCCGGGGCCCCGCCCUCGCUGCCGCCGCCCGCGCCGCCGCUGCCGCAGCCGCAGCCGCAACCGCCGCCCAGCACCUACAGCGAAGGCAUGAACGGCGGGUACUACGGGUCGGGCGCGGCGCAGGCGGCGCACUCCACCACGGCCGUGCACGACGCGCCCGCGCUGCCCCCGCAGCCCGCGCCGCCGCCGCAGCCCAGCCAGCCGCCCAUCAGCCUGCCAAUGAACGCGUCGGACCCGGCCAACCACUCGCUGAACAAGGAAAGCUCGGACGUGCACUAGUGCGCAGCUAGUACUGCUACCGUACUCUAGUACUGUACUGUACCGUACUAGUGCACUAUUGUACCGCCGUACUAUACUACUGGCCGCGCACGAACAUACAAACAAUAGUUUUAUCCGCGUCUGCCGCGCCGGACUAACCUACUACCCGCUAAAGUGAAGUGAAUGUUGCGUGAUUUAAGGUUUACUUUUUAUAUAUUUGGAACUUCCUUUAGUAUAAUUCGGCUAAACAAAUGUAGCUUAAUAAAGUGAUAAAAUCGUUUACGCAAUAAAUACCGACGGACGAAAGUACACUAUGAUUUGUUGUGUGUGAUCGUACUAUCCGAGUACACGAGUUAGUCUAUUCGAUGUGAAUUAAGAGAUUUAUAUUUCUAAUUUUAAGGGGAAUCUGUAUGAGGAACGUAUGUGUGCCUGCGGGCGGUGUGUUAGUGGCGCGUGUCGGUGCGACCGUCGCGGCCGCGGCGCGACACUCGCACGGCAGUCGCACUAGGGCGGCUAGCCGCAGCAUUUCACCGCAUUUCACCCGACACGACCCGGUCCGACUCGCAAGCAUUCGAACUGUUAUUUUUAAGUAUCGACAGAUGGACUGUAGAAUCCUAUCAUCACACUUUGUAAACAGGAGGUCUUCGUUUUUUUUUUAUUUUGAAAUGUACAAAAUCAUGCUUUCAUUUGAUAUUUUUUUCUAAAUAGCGUUUAAGUGAACAGUUUGUACAUGAGAGCACGUUAAACAUAGACCGUGGCGGCGCCCGCCAGGGCAGCCGUGUGACCGAACAUUGGUAUUUAAAAUUAGUAUUUACUUACAUUUUAGUUUAAUGACAAAAACAAUGUGUAUAUUUUAUGAGAAAGUGAAAAGUUCUUAAAUAAAACUAUUGUUUUCGGAUUAAUAAA